AUGAUGGCACUGCAAUCUUACGGACAUUCAAUGACUUCUGUCUCCUCAUCCAAAUACUCUGAUUAUUCAAAACCUACCCGACCAAGUUUCCUCGAUAAUAUUGUCAUUUGCCUAACCCCAACGUAUAAGAAACUCAACUUAUCCCCGACCACCCCAUCCAAUGUGGUAGUGAUGUAUGAAGAUGGACAUCACAUUACGACAGCAGAAGAUGAUAAAUAUUGUCCUACCUGGUUGAAGAAUGACAAUUGGAGAAAUGAGAUCUAUAAUGAGUAUUUCGAGAAUUCUGGGUCUGAAAAAUAUGGUGAAAAGCAUCAUUAUUUCCCGAAUUGGGAGGACGUGAACGAUAAACGGGAUUUGGUAUACGAUGGAGCAAAAAAGAGACCCAGGUCGUUGAAAUUGGAAGAUUCACGGUUCACUGCCCCCAAUUUGAUAUUGAAUAGUAUGAUUUAUUACAAGAACUUUCAAUCUAAAAUCAAGAUCCCCAGAUCGUUGGUGCAAUCAACGGUAAUUUCCAGUCCAACUCUCAAGAUUGAAGAUCAUCACCAAUCCUCAUCAUUUACUUCUAUCACUAAAGAGUUCACCACCGAUCCCGAAACGGUUUCUGAAUACACCAUUUCCAACCUCAAUCCUUAUAAAACCCCAUUUGAAGAGUUCAAGUUUCAGUUCCCAAAAUUCACUGACGAUUACGUGGGCAAUAAUUUUAAGUUCACCAAUAAUCAAAUAAUCGAAAUCAAACCAGAAGAUUGCUCAUCUCGCAACAAAAAAAUCUUAUCAGAUGAUAUUCAAAUGAUAGAUGAGAAUGAAAGUUUUUCGGAGGACGAGAAUGAAAACCCAAUAGAACCGGUGCAACAAGAAGCUUUGGCUACCCCAGCGAAAGUUAUUGAGCUUAAACCCGUGAACAUUUCCACCAUUGUGAAACCAAAAUCUAUCCAAUCUUCAGAAAAAAAGCAACAUAAUGAUUCCAAAGAAUUGCCAAAAACUCCACCAAGGAUCCCGGGGGCAUUUUCGGUGAUUUACGAUACACACCACCCAACAUCUAGCCCAUCACCAGAAAAAUCAAUUUUUUCCCACCAAGAUUACAGGGAACUGAUGGAUAUUGGUCUGGAUCCUAACUUGUUGACAUUAUAUGAUAGAUGUCUCCUUGAACUCUUUGACACUGAGUUAGCAUAUUAUAACGAUCUCAAAAUCAUCGUUGAUGUGUAUUAUAAAGGACUUGAUCAGGAUACUUACCGGUACAUCUUGAGUGAGAAUGAUAAGAAUUUGUUAUUUGGAAAUGUUGAAGAUAUUGCCGAUAUGUGUGAAGGGUUUAUGAAACUGGCGGUUGGGGAGUUCAAACAAUUGGGAGGUCAAGUAGAUUGGGAUCAAAGUGUGACGCUAUUAUCAUUGGUCUCGAAAGAAAGCAGUUUGAACUCGUUCAUAUCCGAAAAAUUUUCAGCGAAUAACCUCACCUCGGAGAAGCUAAAACAAUUAGUUACCACUAUGAAAACAAGCGAGAUAGACGUCGGCAAACUCCUUUUGAAUUAUUUCACUGGCGCACGGUAUAGGUUUUCUGACAAUUACGCCGCGUUUAUCAAGAAUUCUAAAGCUCGUCAAAAAUUAUUGUUAGAUAAAUUGAAUAUUUCCGGGGGGCCAAUGUUUGGUAAAUGGUAUCAUGAAAGCACCAUCAUUUCUCAAACCUCAGGGACUUCUGCCUGGGACUUGGAAAGCUUGAUGAUCAAGCCAGUACAAAGAUUGCUCAAGUACAAAAUAUUGAUCGACCAAUUGAUCAGUCACACCAAGAAAUCACCACAGCUAUUCAAUAAAGAACCAAUCAUGAAUUUGGAAAGGUCUCGGAAAAUUAUCGAGGAAAUCACCAAUGAUAUCAAUUCUCAUCGACAUAGUUUCAAAUCCCCAUUCAACAAAAUCCCGAAAAAGAUUAAUGAUACCAAUAAUUUUUCCAUUCCCAAAUACACCCAUCACCAAAUUUCCAAAUCAAUUUCAGAAUUGUCGAUUAAAACAUUCAUUUCGAAAUCAUCUAGCCAAGAUGAAAAAAAUUCGGAAGGGAUCAUUAAUGAGGAUGGUAGUACUGAGUUGAAACCAAAGAAUAAACUGAGAAGGGCCAAGAACUUGAGCGCGUUUCACAUUGAACUGUCCAAACUCCAGAAUGUCCCUGCCAAUAGAAAAACGUUUGUCAACUUGGCGAUUGAGUUCAAAUAUAAGUACGAAAAGGUUAAAGAGCUUCAAGAGGAUAUUCUUAAUUUCAUGCAACAAUUGGAUACAUUAAUGAAGCGGAAUGUAUUGAUUUGUGAGGACUUUAUCCUGGUGUUGGCUAUUGAGCACCUCGAUCCCAAUAAGCAGCGUAAUUAUCAUGAAAUGGUCAAAUUGCAGAACAACCAUUUGAAGAAAGUUAUCAUCAUGAUGAACAAUAAUAUUCUCAUGAAGGUAUUGCAAUGUAUUAGAGAAUGUGACAAUGUUAGAAGGUUAAUCAAUGAAGAUCGUGAAAAAAGAAUCAAUUAUCAUAAAUACAUCCAAUCGAACCAACGAACCAAUAAAUCAUCAAGAAAGCAUUUCAAACAAAAAAAGUUACUGGAAGGUCUCAACGAUAUGGAGAGUGAACUUUUGAUAAUUGAUAGUAAAUCAUUAUACGGGGAUAGUAAUUCAGUUCAAGCUCAGCGAUGCAUCACCAUUGAGAAUUUGAUGUUGGAGAAACUUCCAAUAUUUAACCAUUUUCUAGAAGAGUUUGUCCAACAUUUAUCGGCGAGUUUUCUCUAUAUUGUGAGUGAAAAGUGGUGCAAUGAUGGUAAGAAAGUGUAUUCUAUGGGGAAAUAUCAAAGGUGA